AUGAACCCCUACGUACUCACCCUUUUACUUAUGAGCUUGGGACUGGGCACCACCCUCACCUUCAUAAGCUCACACUGACUUCUUGCCUGAAUAGGCCUAGAAAUUAACACCCUAGCCAUUAUUCCCCUUAUAGCCCAAAAGCAUCACCCCCGAGCAGUAGAGGCCACAACCAAGUAUUUUCUUAUCCAGGCGACGGGGGCGGCCAUGAUCUUGUUUGCCGCAUCUACCAACGCCUGAAUCAUGGGCCAGUGGGACAUUAACCACAUGUCUCACCCCCUCACCUCCGCCAUAGCUAUAACCGCACUGGCACUUAAAGUAGGAUUAGCACCUCUUCAUCUUUGGCUGCCGGAGGUACUGCAGGGCAUUACUAUUACCACUGGGUUAAUCCUCUCUACAUGACAGAAGCUAGCUCCGCUAGCGCUGAUUAUGCAAACAGCAAAUUUUACCCACCCUCUUCUCCUUACUACACUAGCACUCUCAUCAACACUUAUUGGGGGAUGAGGGGGCCUGAACCAAACCCAGUUGCGUAAGAUCUUAGCAUACUCUUCAAUCGCCCAUCUAGGCUGAAUGAUCUUAAUAUCACAAAUGGCCCCCCAAAUGACCCUCAUUGCACUGGUCACUUACAUUGUUAUGACAAGUGCAGCCUUCCUUACCUUAAACAACAUCAACUGCACGAAAACUAUUACCCUAGCCUCAGCUUGAACCAAGGCUCCUACAAUAGCAGCCUUAACUUGUCUUAUUCUUCUAUCCUUAGGUGGCCUACCACCCCUUACGGGAUUCUUACCCAAGUGACUUAUCAUUCAGGAGCUUGCUAGCCAAGGAUUAGCGCUAACCGCUACUGUAAUUGCUCUCACUGCUCUGAUUAGCCUCUUCUUCUAUCUACGGUUGACCUACGCCGUCACCCUUACCCUCUCGCCACAAACCUCCUACGCUACCACUCCCUGACGAAUUCAAGCCAAGCAGUCAACACUAGCUCUCUCUUUAGCUACUAUUUCGGCCACCUGCUUACUUCCCAUUACUCCAACCAUUUUUACUCUUUUAACCU